AUGGUGAACGAUAUAUCAAUCACCAAGUUCAUUUUCUUUCCUUGCCCCAGCUCGAUCCAUCCUUCCGUUGCAUCAGCAGUUAACGCCGUAGCCGACGACACAGCCGGCAACUAUGCUUGUGGUGGGUGGGUCAGGAGAUGGCGGCAGCACGACGCGCCGGCUCCACGAGCCACGUCUGGGGCUAUGUGA